AUGCUCUUUACUUCAGGGGUAGCCAAGCUCGGAGACUUCGGUGUGUCGCGGCAGAUGUCGGCGCAGACGGUCUGCCUGAACUCUUUUUAUGGAACGCCGCUCUACUUGUCCCCAGAGCUCAUUCAAGGCCAGCCAUACUCACAGCCAACCGACGUGUGGUCCCUGGGUGUGAUGCUGUACGAGCUCUUAUCCCUAAGGCACCCUUUUUCUGGCUCGGGCCUCCAGGGCAUCGUGGCCGCCGUGCUGCGCGGCGUCUACCCGUCACUGCCUCGCACGCGGCCGCCAGAGUUCGGCUCCCUGGUGGCCAGCAUGCUCGCGCAGGAGCCGCGACAGCGGCCCCGCGCCGAGGAGCUGGUGCGGAGGCUGGGGCAGCUCGGGCGGCUGCCGCGCCCACAGACCCACGCGGCGGCAAGAAGGCACGCCGCGGCCCUCGCGCCGGCAGCCGCUGGGCGGCCGACUGGGGUGCCGCCAGUGCCAGCAGCAGCGCCAGGCGCCGGCAGUGGCUCCGCUGACCGUGCGGCCAGCGCCGAGAUUCGCGUCGUCCGCGUGCGCCGGCGGCGCCCUUCAUCGGCGGCGCCAGCGCCACGGCAGGCGCCGCCCACCCCGCGCCUCGGCCCCGGGCCCCUUUUGCUGGAUCCGCCUGCAAGCGCUGCCAGCGCCUCGGCCGGAGAGGAGUGUGGCGAGGGCGCAGCUGGCCCUGCUGCGGGGCCCUCCGUGCGGGACUUGCGCUGGGAGGAGCGCCGUCGUGCUCGCGCCGCCGCGGCGGUGGCAGCGGCAGCGUCCCUGCCGGACGCCACAGCAGGUCGCGAGGUGCCGCCGUCGCCCUCGGACCCAGCGGCGCGCUCGGAGGAGGCGGAGCCCCCACAGCCAACGAGUCCGACGUCGCCUGGCCGUGGCGGGGCGGCAGGGCAUCCAUCCGCGGCACCAGCGGAGCCCAUCUGGCCUUCGAGCCCUCGCACGCCUACCGCCGCCCCGCCCUACACCAGCGCAGAGCGUUGCGGCGGUGACGACUGUAGCGAGGGCGGCGCUGCCGCUGCCGUGCCCGCAGGCGCCAGCGCGGGCGCUGGCCGCGGCGGCCGCGGCUGCGACAGGCCUCCAAGGCCUGUCGCUGCGGGCGCUGGCGGCGCUCCCACAGUGAGGGCCGCAAGGGCUGCCAGCGCCGGAAGGAGACGCGGCGCGCCACUGCGCGGAUCGGGCCAGUACGACAUCAUAAGCGGCCUGUGGGCGGACGACACAUCCUUGCUGCACCGCGGUCCCGUCCUCGACGUCGUCGCCCUCCUGCCUCUCCUGCUGCUGCUUUUCCGCGUCCUCAGCGCACAUAAUCAUCCUGCACGCUGUCCACGGGCAGAGUAG